UGUCUUGGUAUAACAAUGCUGGAUUUCCUGUGAUAUAAAGUGAAUCUUUUUGAUUUAGUGUUUUUAAUGAUGUCAUUGUAAGAUAGACUCUGAUCUGUUUAUUAUUUUAUUUUUUUCAGAGAAAUCAGCAAUGGAUUACAGAUUGCCUUUGCUUCUAUCCUUCUUUGCAUAUUCCCCAGGAUUUUGCACACCCAUCAUGUAUGCCCUCCGGGAAUUCCACUACAUCAACUUAAAGAUGAACUGGGCCGACGCUCAACAGUACUGCAGAGCAAACUACACCGACCUGGCUACCAUUGAAAGCAUGGCGGACAAUAACAGGCUCAAAGGAAUAGAACCCUCAGAGGCAUGGAUUGGGCUCCAUGAUGACCCACUGUCCUGGAAGGGAAUUGGUGGCAACGAAAGAAACUCCUGGAGAUGGUCAAGUACUGGUGAAUUCACUGAAAGAGAUAACCACAAUUGGAGACAAUAUGAGCCAAAUAACUAUAAUGGACAACAGCACUGUGUGGUAAUGAAUUUAGAUACAUCAUUGGAUGAUGAAGACUGCAACCGGGAAUUUUAUUUUGUUUGUUACAACGCUGCAAAUCCUCCAGGACAGAGAACAUUUGUCUUAAUUAGACAAGGAAUGACUUGGACGGAUGCCCGGGAAUACUGCAGAAAUCACCACACAGACCUGGCUAUGAUGCAGACUGAACCGGAAGCUCGAGAUCUGGGGACAGUAAAAGGUCCUUUUCAAGUUUGGAUUGGUAUGUACCGAGAACCAUGGAGGUGGUCCGACAACAGAAACAGCUCCUUCAAAAACUGGAGAAACGGACAGCCAAAUAACUACUUGGCUGUCCAGUACUGUGUGUUCCUCAAUCCGGAUUACACAUGGGGGGACAAUGAUUGUUCAGUGAAGCUUCCCUUCUGGUGCCAAACAGUCCCCAAAAAGAAAAUCUACAAGUUGAAGAUGAAGAUUAAGACUAAUGUUGACCUCUCCAAUCCCGCUUUAAACACCCAGCUCCUACAAAAGCUAGGUGAAGUGAUGUCUGAGAAGGACCUGGCUAACGUAAAACUGCGGUGGAGUAUUCAACCCAGAAAACAAGAGGAAGAGGAAGACAAGAACGAAUGCCCUGCAAAUUGAUGGCAGGUGAUGAAGGUUUUUGUUUUUGUUUGAAAUUCUUGCUGACCACAAGAAUUUCAAACAAAAUGUCCAGGGGUUGUUCAAAGAAAGUUUUCUCCCAUUGUCCAUCAUAACUAUCUAUCCUAGAGAUAAAUUGCAUGACGAGCUUCUGCAAUUGUCGCUGUUUCUAUUUAAGUUCUGUGUUUUGGUCCGUACCAUUGCCUGACUGCAAACGAGCAACAAAAAUAAGUUGAUAAGUCAAAAUUUGGGUGCAGUGCUGGUCUGUUUGACUGGAAUUAUUUUGCUGCAAUACUUU